AUGAUCUCUCAGGUAGAGAGAAUAGUGGACUGGGUCAAGGAGCAUGGCUUCGAACGAAUAGCUUUGCAGUUUCCAGAUGCGAUGCUUUCAGAAGCUCCUGAACUGACUAGCAAGGUGCAGCAGGCGCUACCUGAGAAGCGGAUAUUCAUUUUGGGCGACUCUUCCUUUGGUGGGGGUGGGGUGGAUGAAGUGGGAGCGCUGCAUUAUGGUGCAGACUGCAUCGUCCGUUUCGGGCAUGCCGAGCAACAGCGAGGCGGCGAUCUGCCUGUUUUGUUUGUCUUCGGGGAGGAGAAGGAUUUGGAGUCCUCUUCGCAAAUUGCCACUAUUGCACACACGAUCUCUUCCGCAGUGGCGAACCAGUCCAGCACUGACGUUUCCCACUUACUGGUGAUCUGCGACCUGCCUUACCAACAUGCAGCAGGCCCUCUUGCCAAAGCAAUGUUGCAAGAGCUGGCCCUUGCAGGGAGGCAGUCUUGGAAGAUUCUGCUAGCUGAGCUAAGUGAUGAAGCUUCAGCAGGCGACAUCUUACCCAGGUGGCACGACUGGCGCUGGGGUGUUGUGGACUUCGUCUCCAGCUGGUGGGCUGGCCUUGGCACCUUAGCUCUUGCAGCAGCUGCUCGGCCAGCUCAGCUCAAAGCAUGUGGGCGCCCGGUGCGCAUUUUCACGGCUGAUAGCGACCCAGAGAUCUGCCGGGAGAGGACCUUGCCAGAGGACUCCGCGAUCCUCUAUGUGGGUCAAGCCGCAUCAACUCUUGAGAGGUGUGUGCUUCUCCGUUUUGGAGCUGUUUGCCCGAUCUGGCGAUUUUCCGGCCAGGGAGAAAACAUCAACCUCCAUGAUGGGUCUCUACAGCUAGACAGAAUCCUCAGUCACAGCCUGCUGCAGAAGAGGUAUCGAUAUGUCGAAGCAGCGAAAAGCGCUGCAACUGUCGGCAUACUGCUCGUCGCCGCGGGCGGUCCUACCACCUUAGGACGUACAUUGGCACAGCGCCUGGAGACCCUGCUGACAAAAAAUGGACGCAACCACUACAGGUUCGUCGUAGGCCAGCCAACCCAAGAGAAGCUGGGCAACUUCCCCGAAGUAGAGUGCUAUGUACUUCUAUCCGGCCCUGAACAGUUCACGUGGGAUGUUCAAGAUCUCAUGGUGCCUAUUUGCACUCCCUUUGAGCUGGAGGUUGCUUUAGGCGCCCGCCGGUGGACUGGCGAAUACAUCACAGACCUGGAAGAACUUCUGCUCUCUGCACCGAUGACCCACCUUCUUUCGGCAAUGCCGGCGAAUGACGAGGUGUUGGUGCAAUCCCUGGGGAAAUCCAGGAUUAAGUCUUUCACCACUGUAGAAGCUGUAGCCACUGCUCCUGUCCAGCAGGCUUCAAACAAGUCUUCAAGGCCGAAACCGGCAAGCAUAACUCCAGGUUUGCAUGGUGUCCCCUGGAAAUACAGCCAGGAGGAGACAUCAAUGUCCAGCAACUAG